CCAUAUCCACCAUUCCUCGCCUCUGCUUCGAGAACAGUGUGACCAUGGCAGUGUGGCUUCAGGCUGGUGCUCUGUUGGUCCUGUUGGUCGUGUCCAGUGUAAGCACUAACCCAGGCACACCGCAGCACCUGUGUGGAUCUCAUCUGGUCGAUGCCCUUUAUCUGGUCUGUGGCCCAACAGGCUUCUUCUACAACCCCAAGAGAGACGUUGAGCCCCUUCUGGGUUUCCUUCCUCCUAAAUCUGCCCAGGAAACUGAGGUGGCUGACUUUGCAUUUAAAGAUCAUGCCGAGCUGAUAAGGAAGAGAGGCAUUGUAGAGCAGUGCUGCCACAAACCCUGCAGCAUCUUUGAGCUGCAGAACUACUGUAACUGAAGAGAUUUGCCCACCGCCAAUGCCAGAAACACCUGUUUGCACACAGGCCUUAAUGCUCUCCGUUUGUUUUUACAGAAAAAAUAAAACUAUCAAAUGA